AUGUUUUUUAAACUCAAAAUUGAUUGCCUUCGGAAACCGAUUGGCGGCGGCUCUUCGGCAAGGUCCUGCUCGUCCUCGUCGUCGUCGGACGAAGACCUCAAUGAACGACCACCACCAGCGCAGCGGAGGAAGUUCUCGUGCCAGACUACGCAAGACUUGCCGCCAGCCGACGGAAUCGGAAUCGUGGUCGUUGUUGUAGACAGUCAGCCGGAGCCGGAGCAGGAACGCGAAACAGUUGGUAGGAGUUUCGCGGUGGCAGAACCGGAGCAACAGCGAGAACAGCAGCAGAGGCAACUAGUGGGAGGUGUCGAACUCGUACAAGAGGAGCAACCGAUCGAGCAGCAUCUCCAGCGACGCCUGGCUGUGGCCGAACGGGAGAAGGAGGAACGGGAGGGCGACGAUAGUCGUCCUGCUGCUGCCACCACUACCGCCGCUAGUCGUCGAAGGUCGCGCGUAGUGAUAGUGCCAGGUGGUGGAGGAGGCGGAAGUGGAGGCAGAAGCGAAGGCGGAAGUGGUGGAGUUGAGGAAGGUAUCGCUGACGGAACUGUUGGUGUUGUUAGUGGUGGUGGUGGUAGUGGUAGCGUCGCGCUAGCAGGAUUACCCACCGAGUCAGCGGAACGCAUUUGCUCGAAACGCCGUAGCACGAGAACGGCCACACAGCGGCACAGUAGCGCAGCAUCCGUCGAAAGUGAACCCCAUACGGGCGGUCUAGUGGUGCAGCACCAUCUCGGUGAGGCUUGCAGUCCGUGCCGUGUUCGAUCGUCCUCCUCCACGUCGUCGAUUCAGUCGCUGCGUCAGCAAAGCACGGUUGGUACGAGCGACGGGCAUUCACUUCAUCAUCAUCAUCAUCAGCAGCAACAUAAUCGUUCCGCACGCGCGUUAGACACAUCCGAUAGCAACAAAGACUCGGUGCAGCGUCAUCGGGAAGACGACGCAAUCGAGCGCAGGGAGGUAGCGGCCGAACCCGGUGCAGUAGUGGAGGAAGCGAGCAACUGCUACUACAUUGCCGCGAGUAGCGAGCAGCAGCAGCAGCAGCAGCAGCGUAGUGACGAAGACGACGAUUGCAGUCCACGUUCGAAACGCCGGCGAAAGAUGUUGAACGAUAACGUCGGUGGUGGUAAUCGGAACGGCGCCGCCCCCGGUCUUGCACCGGCGGCCCCCUCCUCGACCGCCUCCCCGAUGGACGCGUCAAACUGUGAUCUGAAUGGUCACACCGUGGCCAACAGUAGUAGCAGCAGCAGCAGCAACAACAACAGUAGUAGUAGUAAUAACGCCACCGUUAGCAAUAAUAGUAGCAACAACCCAGCCGAGAACGACAAUGGUAUGGGCAACAACAACAAUGGACUGACUGCGAACGGUGAUACAGGUGGUGGUGGUGGUGGUGGUGGUGGUGGUGGUGGAUCACGCCCCUCACCAGCUCAGCGUACCGUGAAGCUGGACCGCACGAAUCAGGACAUCGUGCGAUUGAUCGGGCAGCAUCUGAAAGACAUUGGGCUGGAGCGCAGCGCUGAGAUGCUGAUGCAGGAAUCGGGCUGUUGUUUGGAGCAUCCGGCCGCCACCAAGUUCCGCAUCCACGUGCUGUCCGGCGACUGGAACAAGGCGGACCACGAUCUGCAGGAGCUGCAAACGAUGGUCGACAUCCGGACCGAUCGGGCGAGCAUGAACGAGAUGAAGUUCCUGCUGCUCGAACAGAAGUAUCUGGAGUAUCUCGAGGAGGGCCGUCCGAUCGAUGCGCUGCAUGUGCUGCGCAACGAGCUGACACCGUUACAGCACAAGACACCGCGCGUCCAUCAGCUGUCGUCGUACAUGAUGUGCACGAACAACCAGGAGCUGUAUGCGCGGGCCGGCUGGGAGGGCAAGGGUUCCAAAUCGCGCACCCGACUGAUGGAUCGGCUUCAGUCGUACCUGCCGGCGACGGUAAUGCUACCUCCGCGGCGACUCCGCUCGCUGCUCGUACAGGCGGUCGAGCUACAGAACGAACGCUGCCAGUGCCACGAUAUGACGUGGAGCACCAGCAUCGACAGUGUGUCGCUGCUGGUCGACCAUAACUGCAGUGCGGACGGAUUCCCGCUCCAGCCGCUCCAGGUGCUGAACGAUCACUCGGACGAGGUGUGGUUCUGCAAGUUCUCGCCGGACGGGCGACGUCUUGCGACCGGCUCGAAGGAUAACAGCGUGAUCGUUUGGGAGGUGGACCCGGUAAAGCUGCUCCUGCGCAACAAACGCUCGUUCGAGGGCCACACGUACGGCGUGUCGUACAUUGCCUGGAGCCCGGACUCGAAACACUUCAUCGCUUGCGGACCGGACGACUGUCCCGAUCUGUGGAUCUGGGACGUGGAGCAGGAAAAGCUGGUGACGAAAUUCUCACACUCGACCGACGACAGCUUAACGUGUGCCGCGUUCAACCGCGACGGCACACGGUUCGUGACCGGCGGCACGCGCGGCCAGUUCUAUCUGGUCGAUCUGGACGGCAUGCUGCACGACAACUGGGAGGGUGUGCGCGUCAACGGUCUCGCCUUCCUGUCGGAUAACAAAACAGUGCUGGCAGCCGACACGCACUACCGGAUACGGGGGUACAGCUUCGACAAUCCGCGCACCGAUUACGGCAUCGUGCAGGAACAGUGCCCGAUCAUGACGUUCUCGGUGAACUCGGCCGACCGGCUCGCGCUGCUCAAUAUCUCCUCCCAGGGAUUGCAUCUGUGGGAUCUGCAGGACAAGUGUCUGGUGCGACGGUUCCAGGGUGUCACGCAGGGCAACUACACCAUCUACUCGUGCUUCGGCGGCGUGAACGAAAGUUUCGUCGCCAGCGGAAGCGAAGAUAACAAGGUGUACAUAUGGCACAUCCGCCGGGAGGAACCGCUGGCCACGCUGAUCGGCCAUACGCGCACGGUGAACUGUGUCAGCUGGAACCCGGUCUACCCGUCACUGUUGGCGUCCGCUUCGGACGAUGGGACGGUGCGCAUCUGGGGCCCGCAGCAAUCGCAAACGCAGUGGAAUGCGAACGGUGCGUCCGGUUCGCUGCAACAGGCCAACCAACAUUCGUCGCAGGCGCACACGAAUGGUAGUGCCGGUGCCGCCGAUAGUGCCUCGAUCAGUUCGACCGGAUCUGCAACCUCAACAUCAUCAUCAACCUCAUCGUCGUCCGGCGGAAGCGGCGGUGGUGCUGGCGGUUCCGGUCAACCACCGAACGCCGGUGGCGGCGGAACUGGCGGCAGUAUCGAAGUUCUAUCGACAUCGUCCUGGAAUAUCACAUAAUGUUAGAUAUUUAAAACCCCCCCCCCCCCCCC